AUGAAAGCCAAAAAACCAAUUGAAUGGAUGAAUGUUCUCAAUAGUGUUUUGAUAGCACGAAGUAAAGAUGUUGCAAAGAACAAGAUCGCUGCCUUUGAUCUGGACGGUACGUUAAUUGCUACCAAAAGUGGACGCGUUUUUCCUAAAGACGAAUACGACUGGCGAUGGUGGGAUCCAUGCAUACCCAAGUGCCUCGAGAAAUUGCAUAGUGAAGGUUAUAAGCUUGUCAUUAUUUCCAAUCAAAAUGGUUUAAACAGUGAAAAGAAGAUUAAAAGUUUCAAGACGAAAAUAGAAGCCAUAUUGAAUCAAAUAGAGCCCCCCAUCUUACUUUUGGCUGCUAUGGAAAAGGAUCGAUAUAGAAAGCCUAUGACAGGAAUGUGGGACUGGUUAAUGAAGAAUAACAGCAACUUAGAAGUGAACAAAAGUCAGUGCUUUUACGUGGGUGAUGCGGCUGGACGAGGCGACGGUUGGAAGCUGAAGAGAAAGAAGGAUCACUCUUGCUCAGAUCGUAAAUUUGCAGAUAACGUGCAGAUCAAGUUUUAUACACCCGAGGAAUACUUUUUGAAAGAAGCGCCAGCCAAAUUCACCUGGGGAGGCUUCAAUGCGAAGGAACAUUUGGCUUUAGCGUUACCGCAGUACAGUGCUGAAGAUACACCACUUGUCCCUGUGGAUGCGAGACAAGAACUGGUUGUUUGUGUAGGCUAUCCAGCGUCGGGCAAAAGUAGCUUUGUUAAAAGGUACUUGGUGCCCAAGGGUUACAUUUACGUCAAUCAAGAUUCUUUAAAAUCGAGAGAGAAAUGUGUGACGGCCUGCCAGGUAGCCAUAUCAGGAAAGAAAUCUGUUGUAGUGGACAAUACCAAUCCAGACAGGGCGACGCGCGCUGUAUAUAUCAAACUCGCCCAAAAUGCUGGUGUACCGGUGCGCUGUUUCUACUUUGGUGACAAUGAAGAUCUGGCGCUACACAAUAAUUUUUAUAGAGCUAUUCAUAGACCAGAUGAGAAAAGAGAUGUACUAAGUACUAUUGCUUUCCGCACAUUUAAAUCAAAACUUCAAGAACCUACUACGAUGGAAGGAUUUAGUGAAGUGAAGAAGAUUAACUUUGUAUUUGAAGGAACGGAACAAGAUAAAGAAGCCUGGCAAAAGUGGUGGCAUUGA